AUGAAUCAGAGGAAGUAUGCUAUGGAGCUGAUUUCUGAGUCUGGCCUAAGUGGAGUAAGGACUGCUGGUACUCCUCUUAAAAUCAACCAAAAACUAACAUCAGCAGACUACGACAGUUGGAUAACAACUAAUGCAGCAUAUGAGGUAUUGAAAGAUCCUAGCAGUUAUCAAAGACUGGUAGAGAGGUUGUUGUACCUCACCAUGACCAGACCUACCCUUGCCUUUGCAGUACAUGUCCUUAGCCAGUUUGUGCAUUGUCCAAAAGUGUCACAUAUGGAAGCAACCCUUAAGGUGGUAAGAUACAUCAAGGAUGGGCCUGGGUUAGGUCUCCUGGUGCCUGCUAAUAGCACAAACACUUAG